AUGGAUGCGGUUUUUUUCGAACCCCGUCGAACCUCCGUAUUUGUGACACCCGGCGGAUCGACCAAGAAACUCGCCAAUCACACCAAUAAGAGGGUAGCAUACAAAUUCGUUUUCCCACCCAACUCAACCUUCUACGCAAAACCAGAGCAAAUGUACGGUUUCAUACCGGAAUGGGGGAAGAUUGACGUUACACUUUAUAGAAAGCCCGGAAAAUCAACCACUGAAAGUAUGACGAUUCAAUUCGCAGCUGCGCCAACGGGAACCGAUCCAACAGCCAGUUUUUCUACCGGGGUACCGCAAGGAGAAUAUGGUGGUGAAACGCAAGUGAAAUUAGUUGGCACGGAAUGA